GUUCGUGACGAAGUGUUGAGAAGGUGAGAAGUGUUAAGAAGAAAAAAUAAUUUAUAUCAGAAGAACAAUAUGUACAAAAAAGUGUUGUGCGUUUGCUUGCUAAUUGCGUUCGUUUCUGUGCAAUUGGCCACAUCGCUGACUUGCUACCACUGCACCACAGAGCAGGACUGCAAAAAGCCCCAAUUGGUAACAUGUACGAAUGCUACGGCUAACGAAACCAGCUAUAGUUUGGGAUACUAUCAUCAAAAUGUGCCCGCCAUUAAUGGAAGUACGCGCUUCGACUGUCUAAGGAUACGUUACACACAAGGAACAGGAAGCAAAAAACAAGUGGUUAAUCAAAUACAUGGGUGUGUGCAUCCCAAUGUUUAUGCGUGCAGUUUGUCGCUGAAACCCGAAUAUGCCUCGAAUGGCUGGAAUAAGGAGUAUUGCAACAUUUGCAGUGGCGAUAAGUGCAACAAGAACCCGGCUGCCACCUAUAGCAGCAGCUUCUACACGAUCCUCACCACAUCAUUAGCUCUGAUCUUGACCAAGUUGUAUGCCUAAAGGAAAUGAGUUUAAAGCGAUUCUAGUUGAGCAUCUGGCUCUUUUCUGAGUCAUGCGCAUCCAUUUUUUAAUUUAGUCGCCGAUAUCUGGCUGCUAUUUAAUUAUGGUAAAGAUUGUCGACGCGAUAAGAUACGAAGCCUCUUACCAAAUAUUUUCACAACAGUGGCAAUAAUAAAGUAAAUGACUUAUUUA